CCCGGUGGUCGGGCGGCGGCGGCGCGCGGGGAAAAGGGCCGUCUCGGCGCCGCGCCCCGCCCCGGCCUCUGUGACGUCCGCGCCGGAACCUGGAAUUCGGCUCCGGGGAGCUGGCGGCGGCGGCGGCGGCGGCGGAGGUGGUAGCGGCCGGAGCGGGUCUCCGGCGGCUCUCCCGGGCGCGGGGGCGCAGCCAUGAGCGAGUCCAGUGCCAGUGCGCUCCCGCCCGGCAGGCGCAGCAGGCAGACCUUCAUCCACCCAGAGAACCUCUCUGUGGAUUCCAGUGGCUUUUCUUCUCCACCUGUUAAUUUCCUUCAAGAAUUGCCAAGUUAUCGGUCCAUUGCACGCAGGAGGACAACCAUUCUUUCCCGAGACAAGCAAAGUGGCACUUUGCUGAAGCCAACAGACUCUUACAGCUCCCAGCUGGAGGGAGGAAUCACCGAAAACUUCAAUAGCCAGUCGAUUCGGAAGUAUGCACUGAACAUCUCUGAGAAGCGGAGGCUAAGGAACAUUCAGGAGACCCAAAUGAAGUAUUUAUCUGAGUGGGACCAGUGGAAACGGUACAGCAGCAAGUCUUGGAAGAGGUUCAUAGGGAAGGCUCGUGAGAUGACCACCCACCUGGAGCUGUGGCGGGAGGACAUUCGAAGCAUAGAAGGGAAAUUUGGCACUGGGAUUCAGUCCUAUUUCUCCUUCUUGCGGUUUCUGGUGUUGCUGAAUUUGGUGAUAUUUCUGAUCAUCUUUAUGCUGGUUUUGCUCCCAGUCUUGCUCACCAAAUACAACAUCACCAACAGCACCUUCGUGCUCAUUCCGUCCGAAGACACAGAUGUUCAGUGCACCAUAUAUCCAAUAAGUAGCUCUGGACUCAUAUACUUUUAUAGUUAUGUCAUAGACUUGCUCUCUGGCACGGGUUUCUUGGAGGAGACCUGCCUCUUUUAUGGACAUUACACCAUUGAUGGAGUGAAAUUUCACAACUUCACCUAUGAUCUGCCCCUGGCUUAUUUAUUAAGCACAAUUGCCUACCUGGCCCUGAGCCUUCUUUGGAUAGUAAAAAGGUCGGUGGAAGGAUUCAAAAUCAACCUGAUCCGGAGUGAGGAGCACUUCCAGAGUUACUGCAACAAGAUCUUUGCCGGCUGGGACUUCUGCAUCACCAACCGCAGCAUGGCGGACCUGAAGCACAGUAGCCUGCGGUAUGAGCUCCGAGCAGAUCUCGAGGAAGAAAGAAUUCGGCAGAAGAUAGCAGAAAGGACAUCAGAAGAGACCAUACGGAUUUACUCUCUGAGACUGUUUUUGAACUGUAUCGUUCUAGCCGUUUUAGCCGCAUGCUUUUACGCAAUCUAUAGAGCGACAAUAUUCUCACAAGAGCACAUGAAAAAAGAAAUUGACAAGAUGGUUUUUGGAGAGAACCUUUUGAUAUUGUACCUGCCUUCUAUUGUGAUCACUCUGGCCAAUUUUAUCACCCCAAUGAUCUUUGCCAAGAUCAUCCACUAUGAGGAUUAUUCUCCAGGCUUUGAGAUCCGGCUGACAAUCCUUAGGUGUGUCUUUAUGCGGCUGGCUACCAUCUGUGUGCUGGUGUUCACUCUGGGCUCCAAGAUUACAUCCUGUGAUAACUACUCCUGUGAGCUGUGUGGCUACAACCAGAAACUCUACCCGUGCUGGGAGACCCAGGUUGGGCAGGAAAUGUACAAGCUGAUGAUCUUUGACCUCAUCAUCAUCUUGGCUGUGACGCUUUUUGUGGAUUUUCCCAGAAAGCUCCUGGUGACCUACUGUUCUUCUUGGAAGCUGAUUCAGUGCUGGGGACAACAGGAAUUCGCCAUUCCCGAUAAUGUCCUGGGGAUCGUCUAUGGGCAGACCAUUUGCUGGAUUGGAGCUUUUUUCUCACCGCUUCUCCCUGCCAUUGCAACCUUGAAGUUCAUUAUCAUCUUUUAUGUGAAAGAGAUGAGUCUUCUUUAUACCUGCCGACCCUCCCCCAGGCAGUUCAGAGCCUCCAAUUCUAAUUUCUUCUUCUUGUUGGUGUUGUUGAUCGGGUUGUGUUUGGCCAUAAUACCUCUGACAAUUAGCAUGGCACGCAUCCCUUCCUCGAAAGCCUGUGGGCCGUUCACCAACUUCAACACCACGUGGGAGGUGGUCCCCAAGACAGUGAGCACCUUUCCCAGCUCUCUGCAGUCCCUGGUCUAUGGCGUCACAUCGGAAGCCUUCGCAGUGCCUUUCUUCAUGAUCAUCUGCCUCAUCAUGUUUUACUUCAUCGCCCUGGCCGGAGCGCACAAGCGGGUGGUGGUCCAGCUCCGAGAGCAGCUGUCCCUGGAAAGUCGUGACAAGCGUUACCUGAUCCAGAAACUAACAGAAGCCCAGAAGGAUAUGAAGAACCGACUGGAUGGACAAUGAGGAACCUGCUCGUUAAGCUGACCUUGUGACCAGCCGAGCCUACACAGUCCACCUGGGUUUGGAGCGGAACUUGUAAAAUAUAUUUUUCUGGAGUUCAGGUCUUUCCUGAAGGCGGCUCCCUUCGUGCGGGUGUCGUGGCGUUGUUUUUGGUGACCUUGUUAGGACGUUGACGUCUUAGCUCCCGGGGCAUUUUGCUACAGCCUUCGUGCUCAGGGGGAAACUGCUUCCACGGUGCUGGGUCUGUCCUGGCCCUGGGUCAUCAAAACUAAGAGGCAAAGUUUGUCUUUCAAGUCUUCCAAAAUGCCAUUUCCCUCGCUGCACUGAGGUCCCCAUCUCUGAAGGACACUACACGCUUUGGAGCCAGGCUGGAAAGGGCAGGUGAGGACGUGCACAGAGGAUGGCACAGAGCGCUGGAGGGCUGUGGGUCGCAGCCUCAGACCAGCCUGUGCCAGUGACCUGGAGUACACUGACUCCUGACAUCUUCAAGGCACAUAUCCAUUUUUUAAGGGCUCUUUUAUAUUUUACAAAAUACGCAGAGAAUUGCUUCAGGGUUUCCAUUACAGGAAAAAAAAAAAAAAGGUGCAGUAAAUACCUCAUCAUAAGCUUACCCCAAAUUGAUAGCUCUGAACCUUUGAAUAUAAGCCUAAAUUAUUGUUUCACAUAAUCAGUUCUCGUCUUAACGUCUUCGGGAUCUUUUCCAAAGUACUUAGUUUUGUAACAGACUGUGUGAGCCUUUCUUCUGUUUUCCUUCCGUUCACUGGCUCAAAAGCUUUUCCUAGGGAGUAGCCUGGAGUUUAAAGCUGGCACAGGUUUUAGAAAGCUGCUGCUAACAGUAUUUCCCACCAUCACCCCUAUCCUCCGUUACUCAAAAAUGAAUGAUUCCUUGCUCCGAGAAGCAAAGCGAGCUUGCCGUGGCACACACAUUUCUGUGUAUUUGCCCCUUUGCCCGAUCAUUUUCCGCCUCUUCCCCAAAGUUAGCAUUAACACUGGAUAUUUAUGUACCUGUGAGACCGAUGAGAUUUUCAAGCUAAUAAUUAGUAUCAUGGAAUUUUGAGUAAUCAAAAGUUCACUCUGUCCUCACUUGAAAAAAAAUCUAAUUGUUGGCAUUUUUGCCAAGCACACUUAUAGAGAUGUUUUUGCCUUCACCAUGCUUUUGAGGACAGUCAAGAUGUGUGUGUGUGUGUGUGUGUGUGUGUGUGUGUGUGUAAAUGUGUGAGAUGGAAGCUCCGUUCUUUCCCUGUUAUAAAAUCAAUACUGAUUUAUGCUAAUAUCUUUGUUUCGGUUAAAUGCUGCUGGUUUGCAUACCUCUUACUUGAAUGUUUUUAUAUAUUUUGACAACUUUAAUAACUUCAAGGGAUGUCUGUGUAAUUGUUGAAGCGCAGGUCUAACAAAUGUGCCUUAUAACUACUGAUUAAACAGUAUCUUGAAAGUUUUAAAA